GGAGCAUUUCCGCAGGAUCAUUAACGCCUUCCGAUACUACGGAACUAGUAUGCAUGAACGGGUGAACAGAACAGAGAGGCAGUUUAGGUCUCUUCCACCUAACCAACAGAGUCUUCUUCCUCAAUUCCUUCCUCACCUUGACAAGAUUCGGAAAUGCAUCGAUCACAAUCAGCAGAUACUACAGACCAUUGUGAAGGACUGUGUUCAUAUGUUUGAAAACAAAGAAUAUGGAGAAGAUGGAAGAGGGAAGAUUAUACCAGCCUCAACAUUUGACAUGGAUAAGUUAAAGUCUACCUUGAAACAAUUUGUAAGAGACUGGAGUGAAGAGGGUAAAGCUGAAAGAGAUUCAUGCUACCAGCCAAUCAUUAGUGAAAUUGUAAAGAACUUUCCAAAAGAGAGAUGGGAUUUCUCCAAAGUUAAUAUCCUGGUACCUGGUGCUGGGCUAGGUAGAUUGGCGUGGGAAAUAGCUAUGCUCGGUUAUGCUUGCCAAGGAAAUGAAUGGAGCCUCUUUAUGCUCUUUUCUUCUAACUUUGUACUCAACAGAUGCUCUGAAGUUAACUCAUGUAAACUUUAUCCCUGGAUUCAUCAGUUUAGCAAUAAUAGAAGAUCUGCUGAUCAGAUACGACCCAUUUAUUUCCCUGAUGUUGAUCCUCAUAGUCUUCCUUCUGGUUCAAACUUCUCUAUGACAGCAGGAGAUUUCCAAGAAAUUUAUUCUGAGUGCAAUACAUGGGACUGUAUAGCAACCUGCUUCUUCAUAGAUACAGCACAUAAUGUUAUUGAUUAUAUUGAUACAAUAUGGAAAAUACUAAAGCCUGGAGGAAUAUGGAUAAAUGUAGGUCCUCUCCUUUACCACUUUGAAAACUUGGCAAAUGAACUUUCUAUAGAAUUAAGCUAUGAGGAUAUAAAAAAUGUUAUCCUGCAGUAUGGAUUCCAAAUCGAGGUGGAGAAGGAAUCUGUUUUAUCGACUUACACUGUGAAUGAACUCUCCAUGAUGAAAUACUACUAUGAAUGUGUACUGUUUGUUGUGAGAAAACCAGAAUAGAAGUGGUUUGAAUACAUUACUUGG